GUUUCCCUAUGCUUCAGACAUUUAAAUGUUAAAAAUGUCAGAGAUUGAACUACCUCAACACUACUUUCCAGUGCCUGUGUGUCCACAUGUUGGGCCAGGUCCUAAUCGACUCAUGUUCGCAGACUAUGGGUCUUAUCAAAAUAUUAAUGUGAAAAUCAACGCAGAAGAUUCUGGAGAAAAAAUUUCAUUCUUACCUCAGAAGGGACAGGGAUUUUUACAAAACUUUCAUAGUCUUUUACCAUCCUUGCCAUUGUUUGAUCGUCCACUCCAAGGUAAUCUUAAACUCCACAAAUGUUUACCCUGUAUGCAAAAGUUUCAAGUUUUUCAUCUUGGCUAAAGAUGUUUGAUAUUGGUAAUUAGAUAUAUCUUUAGCAAUAUCUUAUCGCUUAAUUUUAUUUUUAUACAAAUAACUAACAAUGAGCCCAUUUACGCACCUCUGUUAUGAGUCAUUCAUGUUUGCUGCCAUGCAUUGAAUGCUAAAAGGGCUUCUGAAAUUCAUGAAAAAAAUAAUAUCUUUACAGUAUAUUUCAAUACUUGAAAGAAUCCCCUAAUUUCAUAUCCAUUUAAAUAUAAUAGUAAAAUGAAUGUCUUUAAGCCCUUUUAUUGGCAAUGUUAAUUAUCUUUAACAUCUAAUUUAGAAAAACUUAUUUUUGAUUCCUAUUGUGUUCAUUUUUUUGACGUCACAUAGAAGGGUCAGGAACUUGUGUCCCGGUGACAUUUGUUUGGUACAUUUGAUGACAAUAUAAACGGAAGUUUAUUGUCGGGGACUUUUCAUGUUGCUUUUAUUUUGUAAAACAGGUGAAUGGCAGGAGUGGGAUGCAAUACUGGGAAUGAAAAGUUUCAAUGCCAUUCUUAAGGACCUUAGGUGUGUGGUUCAGACUGUGCCACGGUUUAAAGGUUUUAUACGAAACAAACCAGAUGUAAGAUAUAACAAAAAAAUUAGCAAUAGUUCCAUAAUAGAAAACAUAAUUUUCUAUUUAGCAUUCCUUGUUUUUAAAGCAGAUGAUUAGUAUGUGAUCUUGUCUUCAAAGUUAAAUUUGAAGUUCAGAAAUGUCAUUUUAAUAUGUUGAAAGGGGAUGAAAAAUUAAUUUGAAUAUUUCCGUGUCUUUAACUAUGUUUUGCUUAAAUUAAUUAUUUUUUUUAGUUUGAGAUAUUCUCAGAAGUUAACGACAAAUACCUCAAUCAUGGUUUAUCAAAUUUUUAACUUCUUUCACUUUGUUUGCUGAAAGUAAAUGUCACAGUCCUAAAUCUUUUUACAGAGUAAAUUAUCCCACAAGUUCAAGGUGUUGAAAGAAAUGGUGAUGAAUCCAGAUGUGGUAUCCUCAGAUCUUGACAAAGGCCUUCAAAAUCUUGUCUCAAGCUACAGUCACAUUACUGAUGCGAACAAUAAUAAUGUGAGUGUAUUCAUAUCAUAUUGUAGAAAAAAAAUUUUUCUGGUUAAUGUUAAAUGUUUGUUACAAUAACGUCCAAUGCUUUCCAGCUGGGCAGCUUAAAAGGUGAGCAGGUUGGGACUGUAUACAAUUUUGGUAUAUUUAUUAAUAAACUGAAAUGGGAUGAAUACUGGGCAUGUAGUAUUCUUAAAAUCUUUUUCAUAUGCUUAAAAUUGUUUUGUCACAAAGAAGCAAGUUUUUAAAAAAUGUUUAAUUUCAAAGUAUUAAUACAUAAUUAAAUCCAUUUGAGUAAUCAUGGAUUUUGAUGAAAAUAAUUGCAUUUUUUUCUUUUCGAAAAUAAUUGCAUUUUUUUCUUUUCUUUUCUGGUAGUGUCUGAAUGGCUUCAAUAGGGAUUUCUAUGGGGGUUUAUUAAAUAUUUCAAGAGCUGUUGGCACAGACAGCCACUUUUUGAUACAUGCCUCUGGGAAAGGCUUUAAAGACAUAUGUAUCCUUUAUUAUUGUUUAUGUCUUUUAAAACAUCUUAAUGUCAUUGUAUGGAUAACUCUAAACUUCAGUUUGCCCUUGCAUUUAAAGAAACAUUCCAGUGUUGUCUGUUCUUUGUGCUCAUUGACACAGAAUAUAUAGCAUAGUUAACUAUUUAGUUAAUCCUUGAGCCAUUGUUUUGAUAACUUAUAGGGCAGGCCUUGAAAACCAGUCUACAAUCAUGGUAUUGAUAACUUAAAGGGCAGGUCUUGACAACCAGUCUACAAUCAUGGUAUUGAUAACUUAUAGGAUAGGUCUUGACAACCAGUCUACAAUCAUGGUAUGAUAACUUAUAGGGUAGGUCUUGACAACCAGUCUACAAUCAUGGUAUUGAUAACUUAUAGGGUAGGUCUUGACCACCAGUCUUUAAUUUCCCUUAACACAUGGACAAGUUUGGACCAAUGUGUCUCAAGAUCCAAUGACCAGGUUAAAAAAUCCUGAAAUCAUUUCCAAACUAUCCUUGGAUACACAAGUCUAUGGACUCUCAACCUCUAACAAGAUAGCAGGAAAAAGUAAGACAAUUUUAAAGGUUUUAAUUAAGAGCUGUAGCUAUAGUUGAAGAUAGGAGCACAUGCUGUAAUUAUAGUUGACGAUAGGAGCACAUGCUGUAGUUAUAGUUGACGAUAGGAGCACAUGCUUUAGUUAUAAUUGAAGAUAGCACAUGCUAUAGUUAUAGUGACCCUGAAGCCAUGUUUCGAAAGAAAAUAUGCAUCAUUUAGAUAUUAUUUCUGGAUAUAGUGAAAAAUAAGACUGAGACAGGUUAACUUAAACUAUUCUCCGGGAAUCUUUUUUUUUUUAAACAUGAAGCUUUUUCUAUUAUUAAUGAGAUGCUGAAUAGGAGGGGAAAAAACAUGUCCUAAUUAAUAGCCAAUAGGAACCGAAAUGUUACUUUUAUUGUUGCAGGGCCAACUUUUAGGUGCAAUUUCAGGCUCUCUAUUAUAUCCCUUGCUAUUAAGAGGGCAUCUUUUAGACAUUUUUUAUUAUAUUAGAAGUAUAUUUUGUUGUUUUUUGGGGUCAGAAAAUGUUUAUGUACUGUAUGAAUUAUUACAAUUACAACAUAACUUGGCUUUGAGGAUCACACAUAACAUAAUACUUUUUUUUUCAAGUGUUGGUAAGUGCUAGGAAUAAACACAGUUGCCUUCUGCUGGUGGCUGAUGUUUUAGAGAGGACAUUACUACAGCGAGAUUUCUUUGACUUACCUGAUGAUAGCCUCUCGCAUACCUGGUUUAGGUUAGUAGACCACUUUUAGGUUUAAGAAUCAUUUUAUUAGUAUAUGAGUGCAUGUUUUCAUUAGAGUUAGAGUAUAUACCAUUUUUAAAACUUAUUUUUAAUAACAUGUUUAAGAAGAUUAACUUUCAAGCAUUGAUUCAUACAUUUGUACAGAUUUUAUAAAUAUAAAAACAGUAAUCCUCUGCCAUUCUCCAUUAAAGCAAAUAUAUAGAUUUUUUAACAUUUAUAUUUCUUCUUCUUCUUCUAUAUCUUAAGGGCCCACGAUCAAUUUAUUGAUCAUUUUGGCUCCUAUGCAUGUAGAUGGGAUUUGCAAUGUAUCUGUUACUGGUGUUGAUGAGGAAAUUAUGCACUAGGGGUUUGAAGGCUUGAGGCAAUAGACACAAAUGUGUCUAGUGUUGUCGCCUCAACUGUUCCUUUUGAAAGAUGGUUCCAGUCCCUUCAGAGCAAUAAUAGAUUUUUGUGUUUAUGUAUAAACAACAUUACAAGACCAAGAUAACAAAAAAAAGUGUUUAUAAUUUUCUCUUUGCAGCCCUUACAUGGAAAAUGAACUGUUAUUAUCUACUGAAAGUGGAACAAUUUAUCUUUGGGAUAUAAACUCUGGGUAAGACUUUACUUUUAAGAAAUUGUUGUGUUCCCGUGUUGCUUCUUUCAUUUUAUGCAAAUUGACUUAUUGUGUUUUUCAAAAAGCCACUCAAUUGGCUGAAAUUAGCUGAAAUAGAUAGAAUUGGAUAAUUUUCAUUAAAAGUAUAUCUUGAUUAUUAACUUGAACUUAAUUACUCGCUUAGAUACCAUUAUGUCUUACAGCAUGGGAAAUAGUCAAACUUGGCUGUCUUGUCUCACAGAAGAAAAGAAAAUUAUGCACCUACGUACCAUUUCUAAUUUUUAAAAGCAUCUUAUAUCUCAUCUGUUCACAUUAGUAUUAAGUUACACCACACAAAAUUGAUUUAAUUUUCAAUGUGUUACCAGUGGUGUUGUCCUAAGCUUAUCCAGGUGUUCACUGGGAAAAGUUUUAAAUAUAACAUACAUUAGUUUGGGUAGGAUUAUAAUACAGCCUUCCCGAGACACUAAAACUAUGUAUAUAAUUUAAGAAAACAAGUCAUAUGUUUCAUUCAGUUAAAUAAAUUGUGUAUAGAUUUUAUAGUUACUAAAAAAAAAAAAUUCCGCCUUUUUUUUUAAUAAUUAAAUUAUACUAAAGAUACCCUGUAAUCUUGACCAAUGUUAAUAAAUACCCUGUAAUCUUGACCAAUGUUAAUAAAUACCCUGAACCCUUGACCAAUGUUGACAUGGAUUCCAAAGCUUUAUUCAGUCCUUAAGUUUAAUAGUUAGAAAGUCAAUGUUAUUUUAUUUUUUUUAAAGUAAAAAGGAUAAUGGCAGGCUCAAAGGUAUGACCCAAAUCAUUGGACUUCCCUUGAUGUAUUCUGAAUCAGCAGUAAACUAUAGAAAGAUAAAUGUAUUUUAAAUGGAAAAAAAACCAACUUAUAGGCAAACUUUUUAGAUGAGGACAAAGUUCCCAAUAAAAAUUGUAGAAUAUCUUGACUUUAAAUCUUUAUUUCUUGUCCGUUGUGGAAACAGUGUCAUCACACAUUUAUAUUUUGCUUGGAACUUUAAAUGGCAUUAGGUUGGUUUGUCUGUCAGCAGCUAAGAUAAAAAGUCUGGGAAUACAUAUAUUACUUUCUGUAGUUGAAUUGUUGGACUACUGGUGAUCUAAUUUUAGAUGCAAAGUACUGGUGGAGAAAGCAGCCCGCUUUGAGUGCAAAGACAAAUGGUCCAGUGCCUAUUUUGGAGGUCAUCCCAGACAAAUUGUGGUUGCUGACAACACUUCACUUGAAAUUUUUGACCACAGGGUAAUACAAAAAAAAAAUCAUGUUGUAUUUUAUUUCUGAUCCAAGAUUGGACUCAAUUCAUGAGUUGAAUUUAUCAUGCAUGUUCUCAAAGAGUACUACAAUCACUAUUUCUGUAAUUAGGCAAUACAAAAUGUUACUAGCAAUCUUAAAUUAACCUAAAGUCAUAACCUCAUUAAAAUAUCUGCAAAUGUCUUAUUGUUGCCUUCAUACCAAUGAGUUUGAAUAAUUUUCUCUUUUAAAACACUUAAGUCCAUCACACUUGUUUUUACUCCUCCUUUCCCCUGUAGAUUAUUUUUCAUGGAAAAGUACAAGCACUCAAACACAAAAUUGUUAAAGCAUUGAUCCCUUUAAUUUCUGUUUCAGUCUCACUUCUCUGAUGGUCAAGAGUUAUUUUCCUUGUCCAGCCACCUCAUCAAGACCAAUGAGAGGGUUAUGGCGGCAGCCCCCUUGGGAUUUCCUUACCAUGUGGUGGCCACAGAUUACAC